GCACGCCUCAUCUGUCCUUGACUCUCAUCUUGAACUACCAUCAACAUGCGUUCAUCUCUCCUCUCUCUGGCAGUACUGCCUUUGUUGGCCGCUGCGCAAAAGCAUGGUUCAGGUGCUGAGGGAACCGUCAUGGGCCCUGUCCAGUUCCUGUGGCCAUCAGAUCGUCUUUGGGAUGCCAAAACCGACAACGUAGCGCCUUGCGGAUCCCCAGACGGACCGAAGAACAGAACCACCUACCCGUUGUCUCAAGGCUCAGUCGCACUCAGCAUCGCUGACGAGGCCUACAAGAUCGCCUUCCGCCUUGCGAUUGGCGACAACCCCACAAAGCAGUCUGACUUUGAUGACCAGAUUGUUGACAACGUUACCGAAGUUGAUCCCGGCCAUCAAUGUUACAAGAUUGAAGCGCUCGAGAACAUCAGAGAAGGCACCAAUGCCACCAUUCAGCUCGAGUACUGGGCCGAUUUCGAAGGCGAGAACGACGGCAAGAACCAGUCCUUCUUCGCUUGCGCCGAUAUUACCUUUGUCGAGACCAAGAACUUCAAGCUUCAAGUCCCAUGCUUCAACGUGACGAGCAAAGACUUUGAACCCCCGGAGACCUCUGGCACUCCAGCUACGCCAUCUGGCGGCGCCAAUCUCUCUGGCUCGCAAACACCAUCCGCUUCGUCUGGUAGCAGUGGACUCUCCAAGGGUGCCAAGGCAGGCAUCGCCGUAGGAGUGAUCGUUGCAGGUCUUGCCAUCUUCGGCGCCAUUGGUUUCUUCUUAUGGCGGAGAGGCAGGAAUGCUGGUCUCCAAGGAAAGGAUCAAUAUGAGCUCAGGGCGAAGAACUUGUCGAGCCCGGAUGGCGACAGGAAAGUCGGAGCAUAAGGGACGAACCAGUGGAGCGGGAAGUGCGGUAUGAAGUGCGUUGCAUUCUUUCAGAGGGUUCGAAGUAAAAGCUGUAGAUAUGGUGGUAUUGCGGGAGGGUUUUGCGCGAUGUUUUGACGUAAUGCGUUACGACGUAUGUAGUUCCUUUUGACGAUACACAAUGAAUACGAUAGUUAUACCCCCUACUUCAUCUUGCUCCAAGAACCUGAGAUACUCAAUAUCUUGAAGCUGUCCAGUUUCCGCGUCGAGCAGGUAGGUUGCAUACACCUUGGCCGUUUUGGGUCGGGAGAUGGCGUUGCGGAAAACCUUUGACGGUAGUUCCACCGCUUAUAUCGCUAGGGCGGAUCGACGAUCAGAUAAGGCGCCUUAUGGUGCACGACCCGUACCACGACUCGCUUCAUACGUGAACAACAUGAGCCCGCGACAUUCACAGUCGAAUACAAA